AUGUCCGCAAAAAAGCGUAAAAUUGAUGAUGAAAAUAGAACUUUUAAUACCUCAUGGGAGAAUGACUUUUUAUUUAUUAUUAACAAACAAAAAAAACCUCAAUGUCUAGUUUGUUUAAGCGUUAUUKCGGUCUUAAAAGAAUAUAAUUUAAAAAGACAUUACAUGACAAAUCAUUUGUCCAAAUAUGAAAAAUACAUUGGUGAUACAAGAGAGAGUGUUGUAAUUAAUCUCAAAAGAAAACUUCAAUCACAACAAAAUGUGAUGACAAAAGCAAAAACUUCACAACGAUCAAGUUUAUUGGCUUCAUAUAUAAUUUCUAACGAAAUAGCAAAAUCUAAAAAAUCGUUGAGUGAUGGUGAAUCAAUUAACGAAAACAAAAUUGCCAGUGAAUUUGAAAAAUUAUCACUUUCAAGACGUACAGUGACACGACGUAUAGCUGACACUGAUAGUGCCAUUCGUAAGACAUUGCAAACUAUUAUGACGGAUUGUGCAUAUUUUUCGAUUGCACUGGACGAAAGCACAGAUGUUUCAGAUGUAAGUCAACUUUUGAUGUUUGUUAGAGUUAUAUCUCCACAGUUUUAA